UAUUUUUUUUAAUUUUCAGUUAAAGAUGCUUUAUCAAAUCUUUGUGGUUGUUUCCCUGAUGCCCUAUGUACGAUCUCAAUGCUCCUAUUCAGAUUGGUCGCUCAGUUUUGAUAAAACUGGCCAGUCCAUGUGUGACCAGAUCAAUUCUUACAUCAAUGCACUGGAUAGAAAUCAUGUAGACUGGGACGAUGACCCAAUCUCUCACUUAGAAGGUGUUAAGUGCUGCCAACCAACCUCUCCAUGGAAUAACGUGGAACAGCAAGUGGUCUAUGAGGACUGGACGACCACUUUAGACCGUGAUAACGAGUGGGCUUUUUGUCCAGUAGGCUACUUCCUCCAAGGUUUAUACAGAUCAGACACCGGCUGGCCGAGAUACAAAGGUUACCUUUUUAAUCUCGACAGCGCAAGAUGCACAAAACCAGCCAAUCACCCACUGAAUUAUGGAGAGUGUAGUGACAUUGAUAUAACAAAUUGCAUCAGUGAGAAGCGUCAAUGCUCAUGUCCAGGUGGAUAUUUUCUGACCGGACUCUAUCGUGCUGACGGAGAUGACCUUUACUUCUUGAAAAAAAUUCGGUGCUGCUCACCAGCAGCCAAACCUCUAGAAAUGGACGAGAAAAGUAAAAUCGAGACACGUAUCAUGGACACGACUUUGUGGAACAUGGCUUACUUAGCACAUUAUUUAGGUUAUGGCUGGUGCUAUGGCUGCCGAGGGGUAGAUGUUGGUGAAGAUUUCACGAGAAUAGGUGACUCAUGGGAAGCUGCUAAAACCCCUUUUAAGGGCAAAAGUUGUGAGGGUGAUAAAAGUGAAGAAAGACUCAAUUUGGUUUUUGGUGACUGGGGAUUCGCUGUCAAGAAAAUAAUUUACGGAGAAAGUGUCAUUGAGAAACUUCAACCAGAAACUAUUGACUCUGGAGAACUGAACAACAGAGCUUCUAAGCCUGUGACUGAGUCUAUUUCAAGAUCUAAAACCAUCGUAGAAAGUAUUACUCAUACAACAACGAGUUCAUUUACCAAUAACAACGAUCUGGGCAUUUCACUUAACUUUGAUGUUUUUGGAAUAGCCAGAUCGGGUUUAUCUUAUACUUUUCGCUAUACAUCUUCAACGCAAACUACAAAUGGAAAGACUUUUUCUCAAACUGAUGGAUUCAGUAAAUCAUCUUCAAUCACUCUAGGACCAAUGGAAGGAGCCAAAUACAAGGUAAUCUUAAGUAAGAGUAGAACUACCGUGCCCUACACUGCAAUUGUUACAACAAAGUUUUCUACAGUGAUGAACGGAUUCUUGAGAUGGGAAGAUGGCGAUGGUAACUUCCAUCAAAUUUAUAGAACUAGCAGAGAUAGACCCACCUUCAGUUAUCGUUUCGGAGACGCCUCCGUUCCAUUUUACGAAGCACUAAAAAAACAAAGUGAUAAUAACGAAGGUCCCUGGAUGUGGGGAAUGUUAUUCCAGAAGUUCCCCUAUGCACGUCACGUGAUUAACAGACUCACGGAUGAAUCUCAGUACCAGUUUACUUUGACUGGCAAGCUGGAGAAAGUUGAAGGCACACAUGUCGAUGUUGAAUGGGAGAAAAUUCCAUUAAGUCGCCGUGAUGUAUCUGGUGAUGAAGCACCUGCAAGCAAUAUUACAACUUACAUUGCGACAUCCGGUUCUGCUGAUAAACCAGCUAGUGUGGAAUACCCCAAGGUUGAAUUAAAGAACAAGGAGCCUUUUGAGCCUAUUCAGAUUCCAGUCAGUAACAUUAAAGUCUAGAUCCAGUGUUUUAGAAAUUUAGAGCAUUUUGUUAUAAGUCGCAAUAAUGCUUACAAUAAAAUAAUAAUUCUAAGA